CUAGCCACGGUCACACUAAAACAUGAUUUUUAUCAGUUGCGAUCGGAAAGGAAACUAAUUUUCGAGGAGAAGGCUAAAAGGUUUGAGCCGGUUUUGCAGGGACUUAAAGCGGUCCUCCAUGGUCAGCCACAAUGGCCUACGAGCGGCGCCUCCGAUCGCAGAACCUCGUGCACCUGCUGCAGAACCGCGAAUCCGGCUACACAUGCGCGGGCAGCCAGCUGGGCAGGAUGCCCCGGCUGUUCUACGAGCGCCCCUUCUACAAGUGUAUCACGCCCUGCCUGACCAUUGACACGGUGACGAUUCCGCCGGUCUACCUGCGCAAGUUCACGCCGGACGGCAGCAAACUCCUGGCCUUCUCGCAGGAUCAGCGCAGCCUGCACAUCUACCGCUACAGAGGAUGCGCGGCGGUGGGCGAACUGAUCCGUCGGGCGGACGUGGGCACUGGCGAGUGCUUCAGCAACCCGGGCAGCACGCUCAAGAGCACGAUAUUUGAGCGUCUGUUCGCCACCAAGGAGGCACUGACUCUGCGCCUUUGCCAGGGCGACUAUAGCCUCUACUAUCUGCACCGGGAGUUCAGCAUUUUCCUGGAGGAGGGCCGAUACGUCCUGCUGGCGGCCAUGUCCGUCCUGCGCGGCGCCCUGCCCAUCGAUGACUAUGUGCGCUACCCGGAUCUGUUCGACAAACUGGAAGUCUUCUCGUAUGUGUUCUUCGUUGUGGACCUGAAACUUGGCGUGGUCAGCGAUAGUCUUUUUCUGCCGCACGACUCCAUUGUGAUUGCCCACAAUCACGGCAUUUCGGUCUUUGGCUCCACGGUGGCGAUAAUGUCGCGGCUGCAUCAGUGCAUCUACGUCUACGGGGUGGCGGAGGGAAAGCUCCACGUGCAGGAGACCGUUGGUCCCCGGCCGCGGGACUUCAUCGAAAAGGCUCGCUCCGAUUUUAACAACCUGGACGCGACUACAGUUCUGCCCAUUACGCACAUUAAGCAGCGUGUUCUGAGCUUCCUGUAUCGCCAAAUUGAUCCCGACUCCCCAUCAGUUCAGGAAAAACGUCGAGAGUUUUACAAAAACUUUGAGUUCGUGGAGCACAUGAUUAUGGAGAGGAUGCAACUGGUAAACAAGGAACUCCUCCUGUUGCGUUAUGAAGAACGACCAAAAGACAGCGAAACGAUGCCCAUGGUAGCAACACCCCGCCGCUUAUAUGUUUUCUACACGAUAUCUGGCGAAGAAGUGGUGGGCGUGUAUCCAGAUUACUCCGUCGACCUGCUCCAAAUCAUUCUGCAAUUCUACGACGAGAUGAGCAACGUGCGAUCGCUGCAAACCGGAGAUGCGCCCUCAUUGCCGCUGCACUUCAUUCUGAAGCAAAACUUCGUGGAUGCCAACGAGUCGAUUCCCUUCGUCCGACAUGCGGCGUUGCGCUUCAAUCCCAGCGUGCCCGUCAGCUCGCAGAGCCUUUCGCCCUCGCCCUAUCUAAGGUUUAACGAAUUCAGCUUUGAUGAUCGCCACGUAUCGCCCCUGGAGCGACCCAAUCCCUGCUCCGCCGAGCCCAUUGUCUUCCGGGAUCGCGCCACGCAGUCAAUCAAGUUUAGACUGCACGCCACCGCACGCAGGCACAUCAAUCCAUUGGCACCGCGCGAGCUGUGCGCCUUCAUUUGGCAUCCCUUCGAGCCCCUAGUACUCAGCAUCCAGAAAUGCAUGAACAGCUACGCCUACCACGUACAUCUGUACAGUCACAGCACCGUGGUGAAUCCUUCAAGUGCCUGAAAAGUUCAUUUAUAUACAAUUCUAUAUAUGCAUUUUAUUUUGUUUUAUAUUAUAUAAUUUAUGUGAUAUGUUUGCAUACACUUGAUAUAGAUGUUUGGGAAACAAAACACGAAUACAUUGUGUUGAUAUGAAAUCAGAAUUGAUAACUUUAUUGGAGUUGCAAAAGUAUGACAUACAGGUAAACAAUUCUAAACUCUCAUAAAAAUAUUCAAAAUAUCAUGAGAUUGUUUAAGU